GUUUCAUUCAAGCACUGUGUAAAGUUAAACUACAAUGCCAAGAGGUUCCCACUGACUCUAUUGUGCUUUGACCUGACCUUGACGUGCCGUUCUUGCAGCGACUGUGCCGCCUGGCGCGCCUCUCCAAAGAGCGCACAGAUUUACGCACGAACCAACACAAGGACCGACUGUUGAAAACUGUAACUGAAACAAAACAAAGCAAAGUAAAGGCUUGGGUCAUAUAUUUGCAGUCGCAGAGCAGGGAUUUUAACGUGCUUAUUGAAACAAUAUUUGUGCUUUAAAGCUGUUGGGGGGUAGUCAGCGUGUACAGACGGAUAAACACAGUGGGCAUUGGAGGAGCAGCGUGUCAGUAAAAUUCUUUCCACCAUAUUCAGACAGGUCCGAAAAAAAAAAACACUACGUGAACAUACGUCAUGAACGCCCCACCUACCCUCUCCCUGACUCUCUCUCCCAAAUGCUUCCCUUCCAGCCCACGCGGACUUUCCAUUUCACACACCCCUCCCCCUGACAUCAGAGGCGCGCCUUCGCCCCGGUCCAAACUCCAUUUACAAAGCUCGACAUUAUAUCUGUCAGAGAGGAGACCUGCAUGGACAAAACCGGGACUUAUGCCCAUGUUUCUGUGCGAUUUAUGGCGAUGAGGGAGUCCAGAGGCUUAACGCAACCCCAAUUACCAAAGAAGGGGCUAUCAAGCUCAAUUAUUUGUUAGAAAAAGAGUGGAAAAGGAGAAGGAGUGUGCAUGUUACUCGGCGGGCUUCAUUUCCUCGGUGCUGCAGAGCAGGAGCUGGAUGACAUGAUGCUGCAGAGCCCGCUCACCUCCACGCCGUUUUCUGUCAAGGAUAUCCUCAAGCUGGAGCAGCAGCAGCAACAGCAACAGCAGCAGCACCGGGCCCACACCCAGCAGCAGUUGGCCGGGUCUCCUCCCCAGCAGCCGCAGCAGCAGCAUUUCCAAACCCCGCCGUCCUGCAUGCUCGCCGGGGCCCGGGACAGUCCUUCGUUCUCGGAAGGAGAGGACAACCUGGCCUACCUCAGCGCGCUGGCGGUGCGGGAGGAGGACCGCGGGGAGACUAGCUUGUCCCCGGACAUGUACGUCCAUCCCGGCCUGCAGGGAGCCAAGCUGGAGGCCGCCGAGCUGGACGAGCAGGAGAGCAGUGAGUUGAAGCACAAGCUGCUACUGUACAGACAAAAGGAAACAAAGGACACGUGUAAAAAAUAA